UACUUCUUGUCAUUGUUCUUUAUCCUCUGAUCUUGAUGCCCUAAACUUAUGAAGAGCAUAGGCUGCUGACUAGUAUGCAGUGGUACCCAGCACACUGCCCUACGUGAGCAGGAGCACAAGACCUGGCUACUGGCAAAUGUUGGCUCAUUCACUCCUGUAUCAGGACAUGCUUUGUGCUCACGGACACUGAUCCUGGCUGUGACAUAUUAAGCCUUAGCGUGGAAAAAAUGGGUCCCCUGAAUCCCUACAAUUCUUGUUGAUCUCUUCUUCAUCAGGUCAGAAGCAGAAUUUGGAUGAAGCAAUCUCGCUAAGCUGCCGUCAUGAGCAGAAGCAAGCGUGACAACAAUUUCUACAGCGUUGAAAUUGGGGACUCGACUUUCACUGUGUUGAAGCGAUAUCAGAACUUAAAACCAAUAGGAUCAGGAGCACAAGGGAUAGUAUGUGCAGCUUAUGAUGCCAUCCUUGAACGAAACGUUGCAAUCAAGAAGCUGAGCCGGCCAUUUCAGAACCAAACUCAUGCUAAAAGAGCCUACCGAGAGCUUGUUCUUAUGAAGUGUGUUAAUCACAAAAAUAUAAUUGGCCUACUGAAUGUGUUCACACCUCAGAAAUCCCUGGAAGAAUUUCAAGAUGUUUACAUAGUGAUGGAGCUCAUGGAUGCAAAUCUCUGCCAAGUGAUUCAGAUGGAACUAGAUCAUGAACGAAUGUCAUACCUUCUGUAUCAAAUGCUUUGUGGUAUCAAACAUCUUCACUCAGCUGGAAUUAUACAUAGGGAUUUAAAGCCCAGUAAUAUAGUAGUAAAGUCAGACUGCACUUUGAAGAUUCUUGACUUUGGACUGGCCAGAACUGCAGGAACUAGUUUUAUGAUGACGCCUUAUGUAGUGACUCGUUACUACAGAGCACCAGAGGUCAUCCUAGGGAUGGGAUACAAAGAAAACGUGGAUUUAUGGUCUGUGGGGUGCAUUAUGGGCGAAAUGGUUUGCCACAAAAUCCUCUUUCCAGGAAGGGACUAUAUUGAUCAAUGGAAUAAAGUUAUAGAGCAGCUAGGAACACCAUGCCCUGAAUUUAUGAAGAAAUUGCAGCCUACAGUCCGAACUUAUGUGGAGAACAGACCUAAAUACGCUGGAUAUAGCUUUGAGAAACUCUUUCCAGAUGUCCUUUUCCCAGCUGAUUCUGAGCACAAUAAACUUAAAGCAAGUCAAGCAAGGGAUUUGUUAUCAAAAAUGCUGGUUAUAGAUGCUUCUAAAAGAAUCUCUGUGGAUGAAGCCCUGCAGCACCCGUACAUCAAUGUCUGGUAUGAUCCAUCAGAAGCAGAAGCUCCUCCUCCGAAGAUACCAGAUAAGCAGUUAGAUGAGAGGGAGCACACGAUAGAGGAAUGGAAAGAGUUGAUAUACAAGGAGGUCAUGGACCUGGAGGAGAGAACCAAGAACGGGGUUAUACGUGGACAGCCAGCCCCUUUAGGUGCAGCAAUGAUCAAUGGCUCUCAACAUCCAUCUUCAUCGUCAUCCGUCAAUGACGUGUCCUCAAUGUCAACAGAUCCAACAUUGGCCUCUGAUACGGACAGCAGUCUAGAAACAUCAGCUGGACCUUUGGGCUGCUGUAGAUGACUACUUGGUCUUUUGGGGGGUGGGAGGGGAGGGAUCCUUUUAGUCAUUGAUGGGGCACCUUUAAGAGUUGGUGGUAUUUUUGAGUGUUUUUUCAGAAAUAAUUGUAGGAUUCAUCAUAAAGUGCUGUAAUUUUAAACUGUAAGUUGUGUUAAAAGCAGCCACUCUUUUUUUUUUUUUUUUUUGCUGUAAUUACCUCUGUAAAAUAUUAAACCUGAUAAUUUUUAUUGUGGUUUUAAAAUCUGCAUAUUUGCUUUACUAUUAUGCUGCUGAUCUUUUUUUACUGAAUUUUUAAGAUUUGUUUUAUGAAAGCACAUGUUAAUGUUGUCAUUACCAUAUCUUGAAUUAUUUAAGAUUUUAUAGGUUUUUAGUUUUUUUUAAUUAGAAUUUAUUCCAGAUGUUUUGUUCAUGAUAUCCUUCAAAGUUUUAUGCUUGGUCGUACAUCCAUAUCCAGUUGGAGGGGGAAAUAAUUCAGUGUAGCCAGCUGUAGUUUUGGGCAUACUACUGUAGUGCUGGCAGGGAAUAAAAUCCUCUUAUUUUGGCCACUUGCCUAUAUAUUUCAGUAAAGGUAGCAAUUAGUGAAUUGUCCUUUGCAAAUUAAUCUCAUCUGAAUGGCUUUACAAACUUAAGAGAGCAAAGCAUAUCUUCAAAACUGCAGAAAUGUCUAGCCCAGCAAAGGAAGAUGAUGUUUUCUGCAGAGAUGGGGCAUGCCAAAUCUCGUGAUCACCGUAAAACACGAGGAUACUUCAUGAAUAACACAUUGCAAUGCAAAUAAACUUCUAGCUCGUAGCCUGUAUUUGUACACACAGAGCAAGGCGUAUCCAGGAUGUCUAGACUGCCAACAGGGAAAACCAUUAGGCUGUAGCUCGACUUCCAUGCAGUACGGGAUUCUUGGGAAUUUAGUUUCUUACUAUUUUUUUAUUAUUAAGGUGAGUGCAUUUUGGGGAGAAGAAAGUGACGUGAAUGCAAUAGGGGCAAAACUUCAGCCAUUCUUUCUCCAGCAAAAUUAACUGCUAAAAACCUUUAUGUGGCAGAAGAACCUCAGGAUGUUAAGAUUUCUGUAGCUAAUGCAUUGUGAGCAAUAUAUGCCAUCCAAAGGAGGAGAAAAUAGUGCUGUAUAAAUAAAUAUUUUUCACUUCACCAUGAGACCAGUGUAGCAGAAAUCUUAUAAUGGUUCAUUUUAAGUCAUAAAUAUUCAGUAGUUUUCAGCACUGAAGCUCCAGGUUUCGAUACACUUUUUAAACAAAAGAUAUAUUGAAAUAUAUAGAACAGUUACUAAAUAGUCAUGUAAAAUGGUGCUGCUCCUCACAGAAGUAUUUUAACUGUUUACAUUUUAUAAUUACAUGAUGAUUUAUGUAUAACUGACUUAAGUUUAUGUAUUUAAACAAUCAUUCAGAAUUUAUUCCUUUGGAAAAUGCAGAUUUCUAGUGAAGCUAGGCUGUAGAAUUGGUUGCCUUGUGUAGAUGCAUAUUUUGUGUAGUGAAUUAGAAUGUGAAGAGGAAGGCAAAGCAGCGAUCCCCAGAGCUGAGCCUAAGGCAGUGGCGAAGCCUUGCCAGGCACAGAGCAGGAGCCCGUGCUGCGCCUGGCUGCCGGGCGCGGGGGAAGCUGAGCAGCUUUCGGAGGUCGUUACUGAAAGAAGAACAUUGGCCUUUGCAGCGUGUUUCAGAAAGACGUAAGUGACAGUAACACUUUCAGUACCUUAACAGAUGUCUUUAAAACAAACAAACAAAACCCCACAGGGUUACAAGAAAUGGUAAUGUCUCAAACACGACUAAAGUGAUAACCUGCACAGUUGUUUUCCUGGCCUGGCUAGCCUGCUGGUAAGUGAUACGUGUGUGUAAUUUUGCUCUCCUCGCUUGUAUCAGAUGUUUCAAUAUUGCCUUUCUAAACCACGUUAGGUAAGGCAGUUGUUCUUACAGGUUCCUGCCAAGUUGUGUAUUACCUCAGAGCAGGCAGGACAUGUUUGGAUUCAUCUGGCACUGGGACGUAGAAAAUGUGCUCAUGUUGAAUGGAGACCAACAGAACAGUCUAUCUUGUAACUUUUUAUUAAAUUUUAAGCUGUGAAUUAAGCCAAACUGUUGA